GAUGUCAUCAUGUGACCUAUGAGCGAAGAAGAAGAAGAAAAAAGAAGAAGGCAGGUAUAAGGAGAGACACUCGUUUUCCUGCCUUGGCAGAAAAAAAAGAAAAAGAAGAGGAAGAAGAAAGCACUGAGGGUUAUUUCUGGGAAGUGCAAACCAGAGCUGGCGUUACUCUUGAUUUUCGUCUUGUUUCUGACUGGUAUUGUUGCUGCUGCUGCUGCUGCUGCUGCAGGGGCGGUGGACCGUCUGCGCAGGCGUCCGCAUUCCUCAGCUGUGAUUUAAAACGACUGGGAUUAGUUUCACUGAAACUCGCUCGGACAUUAGCUCAGUUUAUGCAGUAUUUCUUAAUUAAUAGCAGCAGCAGCCGCCGAAGGAAAGUGGAGGGGAGCAGCUGACAGAUACGCAGACGGGCUGGGAGGUUAAUCAACUGUCCCGGACACUGACAGAGAGGGUUGGUAGAUCUGGAUCCAGAGCCAGAGACCAGAAUGGAGGGAGGAGGCCAGGUUGGGCCCACCUCAAUCAGAGGCCAUGGCCAGCUCUCCCGGCUCCGCAGCUCCUCCCUGGAGAUCAGAGAAAAGGGGUCAGAGAUCCUCAGGGAACAGCUAGAUGAUGCAAAGAAGGAACUGAAACUAAAAGACAAGGAGUGCGAGCGUCUGUCGCAAGUCAGGAAUCAGCUGGAGCAGGAGCUGGAGGAGCUGACAGCCAGUCUAUUUGAGGAAGCUCACAAGAUGGUGCGUGAAGCUAAUGUGAAACAAGCAGGUGCAGAGAAACAGCUGACAGAGGCUCAGGGGAAGAUUGAUGUUCUACAAGCAGAGGUGACGGCGCUCAAGACUCUGGUGUUGACGUCCACACCUUCUUCACCAAACCGCCAGCUGCAUCCGCAGCUGCAGUCUUCAGGUACCAGGGGAUCACACAAAUCGCACAUCCGCAACAAGAGCGCCAGCGGUGCCUUUCCACCCUCACCUGCAAAAAAAGAAGUUUCCUCCAUUUCCAUUCAGCCUGUGGCCAAAGAGGACAGAGAGAUGGACUCAGUUUUGUUUGCAGAGUUUUUGAUGUGGAAGGAACAUCCGAGUCUGGACCGUUCCUCCGCCUUCCUGAGUCGCAUUUACAGAGAAGACAUCGGGCCGUGCCUCUCCUUCACAAGAUCGGAGCUGUCCCAGCUGGUUCAGAGGGCAGUGGAAAACAACUCUCUGACCAUCGAGCCUGUAGCCAUGUCAGCAGUACCGAUGGUUAAAGCCUCAGCUAUAGAGUGUGGAGGUCCUAAUGGAUUUAGGGCUGCAGUAGAGACAAAAUGUGCGUUAAGUGGACUGUCACAGCUCUGCAGACAUCGCAUUAAACUCGGAGACAAAGAGAGCUACUAUUACAUCUCACCCUCCAGCCGAGCGCGGAUCACAGCCGUCUGCAAUUUCUUCACUUAUAUCCGGUACAUCCAGCAAGGCCUGGUGAGACAUGAUGCGGAGCAGAUGUUCUGGGAAGUGAUGCGCCUUCGCAGAGAGAUGAACCUGGCCAAAUUAGGUUUCUACCUCACUGACCAGGGCUAGGCCAGUCCCUGGAACACCCAACAUGAACUAAUGGCAUGAACCCAGUGCCUUGAUUACACUCAGCCUAGGAUAACCGUGGCAAUGCGCACAUCUUUGAUCAGGCUGAGCUGUGUUCGUGCUGCAGCAGAGGUCACCAACAAGGGAAGCAAAACAUGUUUAAAGUGUCACUUUUGGAUAUGCAAUUAAACUAUUAGAAUCAAACCAGCACUACAGGAAUGACAUUCAGUUACAUGUUUUUAAAAGUUGUUGUUAUUCCCGAUAGGUUUUUCUGUUAUACCACAUGCCAGGAAACUAACUACUGUCCUCCACUGAGUGUGGAGAAGUUUUUUUUUUUUGUUUUUUUUUUUUAUCCUGAGAGCUUCUCUGAAUCCCUCCCCAGAGAACACAAAACUUCUCCAUGUUAAUACAAUAGACUGUGCCAUGUUUAAGGCUGCAAAAUAAUGAGCACAAUCUUAACCUCAAGUAUUACAACUAUGCAGUGUAAUAGUUCUAUUAUUUCCACAGAGCAAUGAUUCAGUUUUUUAUUUGUGCUUUAUCAGCUCAAACACCACAGCCAAGACCUUCAGUCUGAGCAUGGCCUUAAUUUUGUUGAUGGGACUUCCUGCUCUGCUUUGUAUAAAGACAUAAAGUAGUCACCUUCAGCUUCUUGGUAGUCCUGUACCUUUAUAAUCAGAUGUGUUGUUAAUUAUUACACAUCCACACUCGGAAUAGUGAGAGCGUUACAAUGCAGACAGAAAAUAAACAAGCUUUAAGAUGUGAUUAAGUUUUGCACAUCUGUAGUAAACAGUAUGAGCAUAAAAUAAAAGCCAUAAAUUACUUUGCAUGAAUGCAGAACAUAGCCAUAUUAAACAAUGUAUAUAGGUUGUACCUCAUAUUAUAGAUUCAUUAUUGUCUCUUUUUUUUUUUUUUAAAAACAAAAUCUUUUGAUGGUAACAAUGAAGAAUAGUGUGUCAGAAAGUGCAAUAACUGCUUCUUAGCCUUAUGAGGGGCUUCGUGGUUCUGAGUGUGCUCAUAAUCCGCUGUGUAAAAACUCCAUUAAACAUGAGGCAUUGUAC